AUCAAUAUGUCGGGCAGUGGUGGAAGUGCUGGUGACUGGUGUUUAAUUGAAAGCGAUCCCGGUGUUUUUACAGAGCUAAUCAAAGGCUUUGGUGUUAAAGGUGUUCAAGUUGAAGAGUUAUGGAGUUUAGAUCCAGAAAGUUUUGAAAAACUGAAGCUAAUAAGACCAGACAAAGCUAGAAAUGUUAAAAUAUCAAGAAGUCCAAAUAUUUUAAGCAAGAUUAAAUGUUGUUCAAGAUACUUUGCUUCAUCAUCAAAUUGCAACACUAGUUCAAAUAAAGAACAAUUUACCCGUGUUCUGAUGAGACAAAACGCUAAUGGAAUGGAGACAGAUGAAAUUCAGUCAGAAAUCAGCAAAUUACAUAUGCUGAUUGCAGAAGAAGAUGCAAAAAUGAAGAAAUAUAAGAUUGAGAAUGUAAGACGGAAACAUAAUUACUUACCAUUAAUAAUGGAACUAUUGAAAGUACUUGCAGAGGAAGGAAAGUUACAAGUCCUCGUCGAAAAGGCAAAAGAGAAAGCAAUUGAAAAACAAGAAAAAAGCAAAGAAAAGGUCAAAUAAAAUGUUU